GCGGCUGGGCCGGUCGGCGCUGGGCCCUACGCACUUUGCGUAACGAGAGGGGUUACCAAAGGCCUGGUGCUUGGCCUGGGGCAAGCCCGACCUAUCCCAUGUAGGGGAGUGGGUGAGGGGCCAGGCUGGGGAAGAAAGAAGGGGAAUUGGACGGUUGAAGGGGUUAUAAUUUCUUUUAAAAUAGGGGUAGGGAGAGGCCAUGGCCGUCCCAGCCAAGAAGAGGAAGAUGAACUUCUCUGAGCGAGAGGUGGAGAUCAUCGUGGAGGAGCUGGAACUGAAGAAGCACCUGCUGGUGAACCACUUCAAUGCCGGGGUCCCUCUGGCUGCCAAGAGCGCGGCCUGGCAUGGCAUCCUGAGAAGGGUUAACGCUGUGGCCACCUGCCGCAGGGAGCUGCCUGAAGUCAAGAAGAAGUGGUCUGAUCUCAAGACAGAGGUCCGUCGCAAGGUUGCCCAGGUCCGGGCAGCUGUGGAGGGUGGCGAGGCCCCAGGGCCCACUGAGGAAGAUGGAGCUGGUGGGCCAGGGACAGGUGGUAGCAGUAGUGGCGGUGGCCCAGCUGUAGCCCCUGUGCUGCUGACUCCCAUGCAACAGCGCAUCUGUAAUCUGCUGGGCGAAGCCACCAUCAUCAGCCUGCCCAGUACCACAGAGAUCCACCCUGUGGCCCUUGGACCCACGGCUACUGCAGCCGCAGCCACGGUCACCCUGACACAGAUCCCCACAGAGACCACCUAUCACACGCUGGAGGAGGGAGUGGUCGAGUACUGCACUGCUGAGGCCCCCCAACCCCUGCCAGCGGAGGCUCCUGUGGAGAUGAUGGCCCAGCACGCUGACCCCUCGGUCAAGCCACAGGCACUCAAGAGCCGCAUUGCCCUCAACUCGGCCAAGCUGAUCCAGGAGCAGCGGGUUACUAAUCUGCACGUGAAGGAGAUCGCCCAGCACCUGGAGCAACAGAAUGACCUGCUGCAGAUGAUCCGCCGCUCACAGGAGGUGCAGGCCUGUGCCCAGGAGCGCCAGGCUCAGGCCAUGGAGGGCACCCAGGCGGCCCUGAGCGUCCUCAUCCAGGUCCUCCGGCCCAUGAUCAAAGAUUUCCGCCGCUACCUGCAGAGCAACACACCCAACCCUGCCCCCACCUCAGACCCUGGACAGAUGGCUCAGAAUGGACAGCCAGACAGCAUCAUCCAGUGAGGGCAAGGGUCAAGCCAGCCUUCUGCUGUGAUUGGAUGACACUGCUGUGAUCUUGUAAGUGGGUUCUGUGACUGGCCUUUGGAUAGUGCUGGCCACAUGGACAGCUCUCUUUUUAAUAGACAUAUAGGGGUCCACUAGUUCUGAGAAAGAAAAGAGGCUAGGAAGAGGAACUUGUUGGGGUCCUGGGACCCAAACUCUCUUACCCCCACCACUUGAGCUGCCUUGUUAAGAACCUGAAGACUGGUUAGCUAGGGGUCAGGCCCUGAUGAUGGGACAUGUGUUGUCACGAGCCAGGGCUUGUGACAUGACCCAGACACAGUCUAGGAUCCUUGUAAGGAAGGUUCUCAUUGGAGAAUUGUCACGCAGUGGUGGUUCGGUGCUGAAAUACUACCUUUUGAGUAAGAUAUUGUCAGUGGUGCUGGCAGUAGCACAGUCAUGUCUUCUUCCUCCCUGGGGAGGCAGAGUGACAGAGUAACCCCACCCUUUUCUCCUCACUGUGCCUCAGUUCUCAGGGGACUCUGUUUAAUGCUGUGCUCUCCCCUACCUGUGCACAGCAGGGGCCUUUGGCAGUGCCCUGGGCUGCCUCUUCAAUACACCUAGGACUCGGCUCACCAGCUCAGAAAUGCUGUGUGUGGUGGGGAUGGCUUGGCUGCCAUCUGGGCUUCCACUGCAUCCCGGGGCAGCCCUUUCAUGGUUUGUCCCAA